CAUACAUUUAAAUAGAUAAAAUUUCAAUUGGAACGGAUCCAACCCAACCCGCAGCGCUUUCGGGGUUCCUUCUGCUCCAUUUUUUCAACUCUAUAGCCGGAAGUUGAAGAAGAACAGUGUUAUCGGAAAUUCCUUCAACAGCUACGUCAUAUACUACUCAAUUUUCCUCCUUUGUGCUCCUGCUCCCUCCCUCCCUUAAUGUUUGUUUUCAGACUCAAUUCAACCCAUUUUAAUUGAAAUAGAUACAUUUAUCUUUUUCUUAAAAAAAAAAAAAUUAUAUUGAACUGUGUUUCAUGUUACUUUUCUUAUAUGGUGAAAUGCGGAAUCAAGAUUGCUAAUAUGUCUACACAUUGUGUUUUUUUUUUAUGUUGCAGUUUUGAUUGUGUUACUCACUUCAGCAUUUUAUUGCUAUUAUAUCUUCACCAUUUAGUUUGAAUUUUGAAAUUGGGCAAUUUUGAUCAGGUUGGAGAAAAAAAAUAAUUGGGGUAUAUUUGAUAAGUCAGCGGAAAGGGCCAAAACUACCUCCAAACUAUUUGAAAUGGAGCAAAUAUAGCCUCCAUUUGCUUUUUGUUCACAAAUACCCUUUACUCUUAUGACAUGUCACCAAGCAGUGGACGUGGGGCUUGUCCACAUAAGCUGCCAGCGUGGAUAAUCAGCCAUGUCUUAAAAAAUCCGGCCCAUCUUACACAGUAAAAUUUCUCAUUUUCGCCUCUGUUUUCUCAGUCCAAAAUCAUCAAAGGUGUGUAGUUUUUACUCCUGUAGAUUAAACUCUAUUACUUACAGAAUCCGACUGUGUUUUCAAAUUCGAAAACUCGUUAAGAAUUUGGAUAAGAUAUACCUAGUGUUCACAAGCGUGGUAUUUGGAGGUUUUGCUAGUGCUCAUAGAGAAAGAGCGCUUAUGCAUACAGGGGCGGCUGUGCAUUGCUCUGAUGUUGUACGAAGGGACAUUGAUAGAGAUAUUUACAAAUUUCGUGAACUACAGUUUCUCAAGACACAAGACGGGUCGGAUUUUGUAGGACAUGGAGUGAUUAUCCAUGCCGGCAGCUUAUACAGGCCAAAUGGCGUUUUUUAUCCACAUGGACUGCCAGGGGGCAUUCCGUUAGUGUGAGGGGGUAUUGUAAGCCAAAAAAUAAAUGGAAGGGUAUUUUUUAGCAAAAAAACAAAUGGAGGGUGUUUUUGCUCCAUUUCAAAUAGCUCAGGGUAGUUCGACCCUUUUCCGUAAGUAAAGUAAUGGCGAGGUAAAUUGGCAGGUAGUACAACAGAGGAUAAAGUUGAACAAUUUAGUGAAGUGGAGGCAUAUAUUUAGACCUCCUGUCUUUACGAGGUAGGGAUAAGGUCUUCACACACUCUACCUUUUCAAGACCCCAUUUGUAAGGUUUAUUUGCAUGAGUUUGAGGACCUUUUAGAUAUAAGAAGAGAUGCACUAGGACACGAGACCUUCCCUUCAUAUGUGGUAAAUGGUACCAGAAAUUCUUGCUUCACUAUUGCAUCAUUGCUCUAAGACCAAGGCAUUCCAUUAUGGACUCUCUCUUCAUGCAGCUGCAAUCAAGUCAGGCUUACAAGGUGAUGUUUUCAUAUCCAAUCACAUCCUCAACAUGUAUGCAAAGUGUAGAAAUAUUAACUUUGCCAAUCAAAUUUUUAAUGAGAUGUCCAAAAGAAAUCUCGUUACCUGGUCAGCCAUGAUCUCUGGUUAUGAUCAAGAAGGGAAACACCUCAUGGCUAUCAGCCUCUACUCCCAAAUGCCACUAGAGCCGAAUGAAUUUGUCCUUGCUAGUGCUCUUAGUUCAUGUGCUAACCUCUUGGCCUUGAGACUUGGUAGACAGAUACAUGCUCAAUCUAUCAAAUUAGGCUGUUCGUCCAUUUCGUUUGUGUCCAACUCUCUGAUCUCAAUGUACAUGAAAAAUGGUCAAUGUAGUGACGCUUUAUCCGUUUUUGCAUUAAUCCCCAGUCUUACUGAUGUCUCUUACAACACAAUCAUAAUGGGUUUGGUAGAAAGUAAUCAAAGAGAGAAAGCAUUUGAAGUCUACAAAAGUAUGUGCCGACAAGGGUUGGUUCCGGACCGUUUCACCUUUGUCGGCUUAUUAGGAACCUGCAAUACUGCAGAUGAUUUGGGGAAAGGAAUGCAAUUGCAUAGCCAAACAAUCAAGCUCAAACUCGACGAGACUGCCUUUAUAGGCAAUAUAAUAAUGACAAUGUACUCAAAUUUAAACUUGUUAGAUGAAGCUGACAAAGUUUUCAGAUCAAUCCAAGAGAAAGAUGUCAUUUCAUGGAAUACUCUCAUUGCUGCGUGUUCUCAUUGUGAUGAUCAUUCAAAGGCCAUGGAUGUUAUUAAAGAGAUGAUGGAUUUUUUUGAUGGAAGGCCUGAUGAGUUUACCUAUGCUAGCCUGCUUUCUGCAUGUGCUGGCAUGGGUUCUAUGCAAUUUGGGCGGCAAAUACAUGCCCGUCUUAUUAGAACAAACUCAAGUGUAGAUAUUGGUGUUGGGAAUGCCCUCGUGAACAUGUAUGCUAAGUGUGGCGGUAUUCAGUAUGCAUAUACAGCUUUUAGGCGAAUGACUUGUCGUAAUCUUGUCUCAUGGAAUAGUGUCAUUGCUGGAUUUGCUAACCAUGGCCAUGGAAAAAAAGUUAUAAAAUUGUUUGAGGAGAUGAAGAGUGUUGAUUUAAAGCCCGAUUCUGUCACAUUUCUCGGACUUCUAAUCGCUUGCAAUCAUGUGGGUCUUGUAGAUGAGGGCCUAUAUUACUUCAAUACCAUGAACGAGAUUUAUGGGGUUACUCCCAACGUUGAACAUUUCUCUUGCCUCAUUGAUUUAUUAGGACGAGCUGGGAGGCUGAAAGAUGCUGAAGAAUACAUGCAAAGGUACCCCUUUGGGCAUGAUUCAGUUGUUUUAGGUUGCUUACUUUCAGCUUGUCGGCUGCAUGGUGAUGUUGUAAUUGGGGAAAGAAUGGCUAAAAAGCUCUUACAGCAUCAGCCUGUUUCUACUUCACCUUAUGUUUUGUUAUCAAACUUAUAUGCUUCAGACGAGAAGUGGGAUUGUGUGGCAGAGGCAAGAAAAAUGUUGAAGAGCCGUGGUUUAAAGAAGGAAGCUGCUCAUAGUCUCAUUGAGGUGAAGGGGUCUGUAGAAAAGUUCACAAUUGGCAAUUUCUCUUAUUCAAGGAUUGAGGAAAUUGUGAAUGUACUUGGAACUUUAGGCUGUGGAUUGGAUGAAGAAAUUAUUCUCCUUGAUUCAUCAUAAGAAAGGGAGAUCUGGUUCUCCUAUCACUGCUUUAGCACUAUUGCAAACAUGAAGCUCAGCGUGUACAAAGGGUUUCUGAAAUGACAGAUUGUUCUGAACUACAAAGAUACAUAUGCCAUCACUCAUAGAAGUACAUCAUCCAUAAGCAUCAGUGGAUCAUUAAAGAUGAACUAUUAUUGUAUUGUUCAAGAAGAAUCUGCAGCAAUAAGCUGCUUGGCCAAAGGGAAGCAAGCUGUGAAAAUUCUCAGUCCUUGCAAUAUUGACGCUAAUAGAUAACUGGAAGGUACAAAGUGAAUUCGUGGUGGCGCCUCUCUAGCCAUGGGUGUUUGGCUAAGGAAUGCCUCAGAGAUCGUAGGAGUUGCAGCAAAGCUGUGAAUUUUUGGUGAAUAUUCUUUAAACACAAUUGUCUGCAUUGACGGGCAAUGAAACAUAAUUUUACCAGGCUGAAGCGUGAACUGCACGUACUCUGGUAGUGAUAUCAGCGAGAUGGAUCCUUUGUUUUUUUGACUCUUCUAAGGCGAUUUUCAUGUUGCUCCACUAGAAGUAAGAAAAUUUUAUGAUUUCUUUAGAUACUCCGUGACACUUCUUAUCUUACUAUACUCAAUUUCACAAACUUUAAAUUUGAAUUUUCUGUGUUUCUGUUCCUUUUAAGUGAAAGUUAUUGAAGGUUA